GCGGCAAUGUUAUCAACAUCGCGAUCGCGUACAGCCGCUUCAGCUGAUAACCGUUCGGCGGCCAGUGACCGCGGUUGCGGCGGCAGUCGCCGUAACAGCCACUGCCGACGUUAUCAUCACGAACGCGGUCGACGUUAUCAAAGACGACGCCGUCGGCGCGAGCAGCGAUAUUAUUAACGUUUUAAUCAACGACAUCCGGAUUUCGGAUUACGGUGCCACAGGGCGCGCCGAUCAAAGGCCAGGGCACGUGCGACUCGCCUCAAACGUUCAAGGCCAACGGUUUUGUCGCUCUCAAGUCGUACAACGGAAUCGACAAGUAGCGCGCCCGGCUGCCGGACACGCGACCGACCCGUCGUUUCAUUGUCGAACACGACUUGUUCACGUUUCGCCGUCGUCGUCGUUCACCGUUCGAUCACGUGUGAACAAUAUUAAUAAUAUUAUGCUCGUCGCCGCGAAACGUACUACGCCGCCGCACACUCUAACAGUUGACCGCCGCGUGCUCACACGACGACUCGACGUCCGUCCGAUCGCCGGCUGAACAGAGACCGAUUAACGUUAUCAUCGUUUCGCGUGUGUGCGUUCAAUCGCCGUCGUCCCGAACGAACGGCGGGAGAGGAGCUGCUGCCCGUCGCUCGCCCGCUCGUCAAUAACCGUCGUCCGCGUUCAGUGACGGUCGCGGAUCGCUGCCGCGCCGAGAUUGUCGUGUGUUUGUCGAUCUGUUCGAAAUAACUCGACCGGAUAUGGCGGCUGCCGUUUCCGACGAGUUCCUGCCGCACGAGCGGCCGGAAGAGAUGACCACCACGUCGCCGCUGGUCGGCCUGGCCAGCGGGUGCGCCGGCGCCGUGGCCCUCGUGUACGUGGGCCAGCCGCUGGACACGGUCAAGGUGCGCAUGCAACUGUCCACGGCCACCCAGGCCGUGACUUCCGGCGGCGGCGGCGGCGUGUCCAUGUGGGGUUGCGUGCGCGACAUGUGGCGUCAGGCCCUGGUGACCCCGGCGCCGCAUCACCGGCCGCUGACCACCAACGGCGCUGCGGCCGGAGCCGUGGUCGAGGCGUGCCCGUUGACGGCCACCGGCCAGUCGACCAGCAGAGCGGCCGCCGCCGGACGGAUGGCCCGGCUCAUGUACGCCGGCACGGGGCCCGCGCUGUUGGCCAACGUGGCCGAAAACGGUGUGCUGUUCGCGGCGUACGGCCCGUGCCAGCGGUUGGUGGCGUUCGCGAUGGACCUGUUCGGCGGCGGCGGCGGCACCGACACCGGUGUGGUGGACGUGGAGAAAAAACUCGGCCCCGCCGGCAUGGCCACGGCCGGCAGCUUGGCGUCGCUGUGCUCGGCGUUCGCGCUGUGUCCCACCGAACUGAUCAAGGUCCGUCUGCAGGCGGCCGAUCUGGACAGGGCCAACUCAGUUUCCGGCGGCGCGUCGUCGGCCGGACGUCCGCACCGCGCCGCCGGCGCCCUGCAAGUGGUGGCCCGGGUGUGGACCACCGAGGGCGGUCUCCGGGGCAUGUAUCGCGGACUGGGCUCGACGGUGGCCCGCGAGAUGCCCGGCUACUACGUGUUCUUCCUGGCGUACGAGGCGAGCCGCACGUACCUGACCGAUUGGCAUUACAGUACGUUGGGCUCGUUGAUGCACACCGCCGUGCCGUCGGCUAAAGAACACCGAGAAGAUCCGACUUGGGUGACCAUGGCGGCGGGUGCGGCAGCCGGCACGUGUCUAUGGCUUGUCGUGUAUCCGGUGGACGCGAUCAAGUCUCGAAUUCAAGCGGCAGGCGGUGCGGGCAGUACGGUGACGGAAAGUCCUAGCGGCGGUUUCUUGAGGGCCAUGGCGCUGUCCGUGCGCGACGAGGGGCCUCUGGCCCUUUAUCGCGGCCUGGCGCCCACCUUGCUGCGUACCGUUCCCGCGUCGGCCGUCAUGUUUUGGACUGUGGAACGUACCAAAACACUGCUGACGGGUUAUGGGCUAUGAGAUUUUUAUUUUGUGUAUUCCUGUAUUUGGUCGAUAAUGUUAAGAUACCUAUGUGUCGUUGGAUAAAUUCAAGUAUGCUUGUUUGUCAAUGUAGGUAUAAUACCAUCCACGGGAGACAAUACAGAUUUGGUAUUAUGUUUGAAGCGGGUUUUCAAUUUUAACGACAUAAACAAUAUUUAAUAGGUAGUUAAACAUAGCAAUCGAUUUGAUUUGUUAUUUAUUUAUCAGUUGCCUACUCUAGAGUACCUCUGUAGUAUUAGUUAAUAAUUACUCUUGUUAGAAUUCAAUUUAAUAUUUCAAUCAUAUCUCUGUGUGUAUAGUAUGUUACAAGAUGCUAUGAUAGUCAACAGUAGUUACCAAUAAUUGGCCCGAGCCAAUCAUUUAUGACUAAUAUAAUAUCAUAGGUUUAACUGCACUUGUAAGCUACCAUAUUGUAGUCUUGGAUUUUUAAUUGGCACAUUAUAUAUAUUUAUUUUUGCUUAAAAUGUGCAAGCUAUAUUUUACUUUGUUUCCUAAUUACAUUUUUACUAUAAGCUACACUACCAAAGAAGUAAAGAUUUUUCAUUUUCAAUUUAAAAUAUGAUUAUUUUAAUCAUUGACGGAACACUAAACAAAUGUCAUAUAACAUUCAACACAGACACAAUUAUUUUGUUUCUAAAAAAAUAACUUAGAUCCGAGGGUUGUAACUGAUAAAUUAUAUAACAUUAUGUUGUAAAAAAAAAUGUAUUUACAGACUGUUAUGUAAUAAAUUCAUUUUUAUUGUUAUUUACGAUCAAGUAUCAAUUGCGAGGAAUCUUAAUUAUUUUUUUUAUUAAAAUUGCCUAUACAAUCCCCUUAAAAUUGUUAUUGUUGUGUUGUAUUCAGUGUAGUAUAGGUAAUAUUAUAUACUAAUAUGAUAUAUAAAUCAUAAAUAUGUCUUCCAUAUUAUAAUGUAUGUCUUCCAUGUAUUGCUCAGUUAUUGUUAUUGUUGAUUGUCAUUUUAGUUAAUUGUUACUAUUACCAUUUUGUAUAAAAUUUUUUUAUUUUUUUUCUUAGUCGAUAAGUAAUAGUUGUUAAUUACCUACCUGUUAUAUUUAUUUUAUUUGUAACCAUAUGAUGACAUUGUCAUUAGUCAUUACCAUCACUCAUGCGUUGUGUAAAUUGUAGUUUUUUUUAUGUUGAAAAAUUUGUCUCACUCAACCAACACCUUAAUUUUUUAUUUAUAUGUAUAUUAUUACUUAGUCAUUGGAUGUAUUUAUGGAAUAGAGUUUGUAGACUGCUGUA